CCUCCUCAGGUGAAGACGCUGAUGGAGAUGGAGCCGCCGCCGCCGCUGAGCGCCCGGGUCCAGCCUCCGGCCCGGUCGCGGCAGCCUCAGUGACCCCACUACCCCCGCACUGGGCCGACUGGGCCAGAGUGGGGGACCCCCGCCGCCCCGCCCCCCUCUCCCCCAAUACCAUCCCCUCUCCCUCACCCCCCCAGCCUGCGCGCGCGCGGAGCUGCCUCAGAGACUGGCCAUUCCUAGGGUGACCUGGGCAGUCAUCCCCUCCGCAUUGCUCCCCAAGCACUUGGAUAACGAAGCUGAGCUGUCUUCAUCUGUGUUGCAUGUAGACAGAAGCUCACUAUCCACAACCUGCAGAGUCUCUCUAAGAUGGACAUAGAAGACUCCAAUGGCCGCUCUUAUAUGUCUGGUAGCGGGGACUCAUCUCUGGAGAAGGAGUUCCUCGGGGCCCCAGUGGGGCCCUCAGUGAGCACCCCCAACAGCCAGCACUCUUCUCCCAGCCGCUCUCUCAGUGCCAACUCCAUCAAGGUGGAGAUGUACAGCGAUGAGGAGUCGAGCAGACUGCUGGGGCCAGAUGAGCGGCUCCUGGAAAAAGAUGACAGUGUGAUCGUGGAAGACUCCUUGUCGGAGCCCCUGGGCUACUGUGAUGGAAGCGGGCCAGAGCCUCACUCCCCUGGUGGCAUCCGGCUGCCCAAUGGCAAGCUCAAAUGUGACGUCUGCGGCAUGGUCUGCAUCGGACCUAACGUGCUCAUGGUGCACAAGCGCAGCCACACGGGGGAAAGGCCCUUCCACUGCAACCAGUGCGGUGCCUCCUUCACCCAGAAGGGCAACCUGCUCCGCCACAUCAAGCUGCACUCUGGGGAGAAGCCCUUCAAGUGUCCCUUCUGCAACUACGCCUGCCGCCGGCGUGAUGCUCUCACCGGCCACCUCCGCACACACUCGGUCUCGUCUCCCACGGUGGGCAAGCCCUACAAGUGUAACUACUGCGGCCGGAGCUACAAACAGCAGAGUACCCUGGAGGAGCACAAGGAGCGGUGCCACAACUACCUGCAGAGUCUCAGCACUGAAGCCCAAGCUCUGGCCGGCCAGUCAGGUGAUGAGAUACGGGACCUGGAGAUGGUGCCCGACUCCAUGCUGCACUCAUCCUCUGAGAGGCCAACUUUCAUUGAUCGUCUGGCCAACAGCCUCACCAAACGCAAGCGUUCCACCCCCCAGAAGUUUGUAGGCGAAAAGCAGAUGCGCUUCAGCCUCUCGGACCUCCCCUACGAUGUGAACUCCGGCGGCUAUGAGAAGGAUGUGGAGUUGGUGGCGCACCACGGCCUGGAGCCUGGCUUUGGAGGUUCUCUGGCCUUUGUGGGGGCAGAACACCUGCGUCCCCUCCGCCUUCCACCCACCAACUGCAUCUCAGAACUCACACCCGUCAUCAGCUCAGUCUACACUCAGAUGCAGCCCCUCCCCGGUCGACUGGAGCUGCCCGGGUCCCGAGAGGCAGGUGAGGGACCCGAGGAUCUGGCCGAUGGAGGUCCUCUCCUCUACCGGGCCCGGGGCCCCCUGACUGACCCCGGGGCAUCCCCCAGCAAUGGCUGCCAGGACUCCACAGAUACAGAGAGCAACCACGAAGAUCGGGUUGGGGGGGUGGUCUCCCUCCCUCAGGGUCCCCCACCCCAGCCCCCUCCCACCCUUGUGGUGGGCCGGCCCAGUCCUGCCUACGCCAAAGAGGACCCCAAGCCGCAGGAAGGGUUAUUGCGGGGCACCCCAGGCCCCUCCAAGGAAGUGCUUCGGGUGGUAGGCGAGAGCGGUGAGCCGGUGAAGGCCUUCAAAUGUGAGCACUGCCGCAUCCUCUUCCUGGACCAUGUCAUGUUCACCAUCCACAUGGGUUGCCAUGGCUUCAGAGACCCCUUUGAGUGCAACAUCUGUGGUUACCACAGCCAGGACCGGUACGAAUUCUCUUCCCACAUUGUCCGGGGGGAGCACAAGGUAGGCUAGCGACCUACUGCCCUCGCCUACAGGAGUCUAGCCCUUCCCCACCACAUCCCGAGGAGUUUGGUUGUGUGGCCCCCACCACUGGCUACCCGACUUCACACUUGACCCUGACCCCUCCUCCCCUUUGCUCCUCCUCGUCCCUGACUGAUCCAAGCAUUGUGAUGAAACUCGUCUUUUGCUUCUGUUUCUCCUUUUUCUCUACUCCUCUUGCCCCACCAUACUCACUGAGUUAUUUAUUAAUGUAAUUUGUUUUCUUUUCCUUUUCCUUUUAUUUUAUUUUUUUUUAACCUAUAUGAGUCACUUACCACACCCCCACUUUCCUGCUCACAGUCCCCUUCCACUUUAGGCCUAAUUUUUCUCUUUGAUCCGGCUUUCUCCAGCAGCCCCGGGGGUAGGAAGCUCCUCUUAGUGCUAAGAAACCAUGAGCUUCUUGAUUGAAGUCCUCGUCUUUGACAUGAUCUGACUCUUCAGUUUGGAUGCUGACAGCUCCCUCUGGCCCUACCUUAGCUCUGCGGCAUUAUAUCUCCUCUCCGGGCCCCUUCAGCCUGGUCCUCCAUACCUCUUGUGCCCUCUCACUUUAGGCAGCUUGCACUAAUCCUGAACGAAUGAAGAAAUCCCUCCUUUGGAAGUAGAAGAGGCUGAAGAAAAUCCCCCCCAAGCCCCCACGGGACUGAGGGUCCUCCCGAUGUCCCCCUAGGAAUAUGAAUUCCCCAAAGCCCGCAUUCAGGAUCUGCCUCUAGGAUGUGAUCUCUCUCUCUCUCUCUCUUUCCUCAAAUGACCCCACAGCACUGCUGUACUCUCUUCAACCUGCCAGUCUACUCAGUGGUGGUUUUUCUCUCCUUGGAGUGCCCCAGUUUUAUAUUCUCAGGGGCCAAGGCUAGGUCAGCAAUCCUCUGUCUCUGACACGUUUGGAGCCACAGGUGCCUAACUGGGAACCAGGGAAGGGGAUGGGUCAAAAUUCUUCUCUUUCUCUCCCACCUCUCAGACUUCUUCACUCUAGUGACCUUCCUGGCUCUCGGGGGCUCCUCUGGUCCCAGUCCUAUGAGAAACUGGUGGGCACCCUCAGCCCCCCAGCCAUGCUGCCUUCUUCUCGCCCCUAGCAGGAUUCGCCCUCUCAUUCCCGGGCUUCUGGGCCCUGUUCUUCGGAUCAGUGGCAGGGAGAAAAGGAUGUCUCUUUUCUCCCUUCUAAUUUUCAGUAUAACCAAAAAUUACCCCAGGAUGAGCACGGGCAACUGCCCCCUCCCCAUUCCACUCUUGUCCCAGCAAGAAUGGGAUGGACGCAACCGAACUGGGGGUCAUCCUUUACUGCCCCCUCUCCCCUCAGCUCCCAGACGUCGGGCAGGAGGGGGGCACUCUCCUGACUACUGCAGAGACCCCCGGCUUUUUGGGUAGCCGAGUUAGCGAGAAGGGGGCAGGAGGAGAUCCAGCUCCCCUGCAAGUGGAGGUCUCUUUCUACACGCGUUCCCUGGCCAAGGCCACAGCCAUCCCAUUCUCUGCUUCCUUGAGAUUCAAACCAAAGCCUGUUUUUCUAUAUUUAAAGAAAAAAAAAAAGUAAAAACCAAACACAACACCUCACAAGUUGUAACACUUGGUCCUUUUUCUCUCUCUCUCUCUCCCCUUUUCUCUUCCUUCCAUCUUUCUUUCCACACGUCCUUUCCUCAUUGGCUCUUUUGCCUCCUACUUUUUCACUCCCUAUCAGGGAUAAUUUAGGGGGAUGGUAAAGGGUUGGCUAAGGAACAGACCCUGGGAUUGGGGCUCUUAAGGGCUCUAACAGAGUCUGCCUUAUCCUCUUACGGGAAGGGAGACCCUAAAAAAUGUCUCUUCCUCCUCCUCUUCUCCCCCUUUAUGUGAUCUCCCCAAGAGAACCAGAUUGUCGGGGAGGGGCAUCGUGGGUUGACUGUUCCUCCCUGACGAUGUAGCAAUAAACAGAUGCUGCCGAGGGCAGAGGAUCGGGGAGUCAGCUGGGAGGAGAGUGGUCUCUGGAGAAGGGGAGAGGCUUCUUGAGAGCACCCCAGGGAAUUGGCUCCUGUUUCAGAAUGGCAGCAGAAAUGAGAUUAAUAACCGGGGUUCCCCUCAGUGACUCUGGUUAUUGAGCCCCUUCCUGUUAGACCUGCCCUCACCCCACCUCUUCUGCUGUGUUUUUGGUGACACCUCAUAAGGACUAGUCCCUUCUGCGGUAUCAGAGCCUUAGGGUGCCCCGUCCCCUCCCCCAGUCAGUUUUGGCACCUGUAACCUCCUGGAACAUGAAGGACUAUGCUCUGAGGCCAGACUCCGAGCCCAUGAGAGCAGAGACUGGACGGGCAAGACCAGGUGCUAAGGAGGGGAGAGCAGGGCUCUCUGUCUCUCUCCAGACCAUCACUGCACUUUAACCAGGGUCUUAGGUACAAAAUCCUACUUUUCAGAGCCUUCCAGCUCUGGAACCUCAGACAUCCUCAUGCUCUCUCCUAGCUCCUUUUGCAUAAAAAAAGUAAAGAAAAAGUAAAAAAAAAAAAAAAUUGAAACCCACACGGAGAAAAGAGGUGUUUUCCUUUUAUAUUUAAAAUCAACACCACACAAAAAAUUUCUAAAUAAACAAUUUUCCAGACCUUUGUUUUUCGUGUCAGUGUCCAAGCUGCGGAUGGGAUUUUGUAAUACUUCUGGCAGCUCCUUUCCUUGUGUACAUAAUAUAUAUAUUAUAUAUAUUUUUAAUCAGAAGUUAUGAAGAACAAAAAGAAAAAAAUAAAACACAGAAGCAAGUGCAAUACCACCUCUCUUCUCUCUCUCCCAGGGUUUCAUUUGUAGCCUAUGCUUCGUGUCUCCUUGGACUUUACCCCUUCACCUCCUCCUCUUCCUCUGGUCCCCCCCCCCUUUUUUUUUAAAAAGAGUUUUUCUCCUUUCUCAAGGGGAGUUAAACUAGCUUUUGAGACUUAUUGCAAAGCAUUUUGUAUAUGUAAUAUAUUGUAAGUAAAUAUUUGUGUAACGGAGAUAUACUACUGUAAGUUUUGUACUGUACUGGCUGAAGGUCUGUUAUAAAUAAACAUGAGUAAUUUAACACC